GCGUCAAACAGGCGCACCCACUGUGUAACCCCCUAACACUCUGCUCCGAGUUUAGUCUGGAUGGAAAGAGUUGAUGCAGACUAGUGGGAAGUUCAGAACAAGGCCCAGCAUAACGGAGCUAAAAAGCUAAGACAGCGGGAGCUGUGACACUAUCACCCGGGAGGAGCUGGUGUUUAGACCCAAACGCGGAGGGCUGCGCUUUUUGAUCUAACUUCAACAUAGGAACUAAUUGACCGGAAAGGAGAGACAAGGCAGAUAUCUGGUUCUUCUAUGAUAACUUCCUGGCAAAGUCACAAAGAAUUUGAGAUAAAUUCAGCAGACAAGUUCCAGCCGUGCCAUCCCUGCAGCCAUGAAUGAUUCCAUUGAUGACUAUAACUACACGUACAGUUACGACCUAGAUUACGGCGACAUUGACGAUAUUAGGGUUGAGCACAGUCAGACAGAACCUAUGCACAUUUUCUCUGUAGUUAUCUACAUAAUCUCUUUCAUGCUUGGUGUGAUCGGCAAUGGAGCUGUUAUUUGGGUGAUGGCAUUUAAAUGCAAAAAGAGAGUCAACAGCGUGUGGUUGCUCAAUCUUGCCAUAGCCGAUUUUGUAUUUGUGCUCUUCCUGCCGUUCUUCAUUGAUUACAUUAUGCGGGACUUCCACUGGGAGUUCGGUGUGGCUAUGUGUAAGAUUAACUCCUUUGUGUCCGUGAUGAACAUGUAUGCCAGUGUGCUGUUUCUCACAGUGCUCAGUAUAGAUAGGUACGUUUCUGUCGUCCAUCUUAACUGGUCUCAGAAGUAUCGCACCGUAAACCGAGCUUGGUUCGCAUGUGGUUGUAUUUGGGGGCUAGCCGCCACCUUGAGCAGUCCUGCUCUAAUCUUUCGUGACACGAUGACCUUGGGCGACAAGGUGGUGUGCUUCAACAACUUCCACACACACGACCCUCAUAUAGCGGCCAUGAGACACAUCACGAUAGUGAUUAUCCGCACCACUGUGGGCUUUCUUUUGCCGCUGACUGCUAUAAGCGUGACGGGUAUACUUCUGAUAGUGAAAAUGAAACAAUCUGGGAGUUCAGUUCAGUUGUCUAGCUUCUCCAAAACAGUCACUGCAGUAAUCCUCGCCUUCUUUUUGUGCUGGACACCUUUUCAUACUUUCAGCCUGAUGGAGUUAACCAUACAUUCCUCACCUUACUUACACAAUUUACUGAAAACUGGCUUUCCUCUCGCCACUAGCUUGGGCUUUUUUAACAGUUGUGUAAAUCCCCUGCUGUACAUGUUUCUGACUAAAAAAGUGCGCAAUAUCAUCAAGCAAGCCUGUCUGGACAUAACCAAGAAUUCACUUAGAGAGUUCAGCCAAUCGAUCUCUGCCACUGAGAUCGAAUCUGUGGCAGGAGUUUAUGAGAAUGGUGUUCACGGUGAGCACGUGGCAUCAUCAACAAUCUGAUUGUUACUAUCCCCAGACUUGUGAAGCUCUCCAUUUUAAAAAAGAAGAAGUGGUUAAGUAUUACUUUAGCAUAAAUGUAGAGGGUUAUUAGAGUUGUUAAGAUUUUUCCUAUGUUUUAUUUGCGCAGAGUCACGCCAACUUCAACUGACAAUUACUCUUCAUGGAUAAUGGACAAUGGAACAUAAACACAGAUUCAAUAUCUUUCCAUCUACUUUGCAUAAACCCAGUCAUCUGCAGAGAAACUGGCUAGAUGAAAUCAAAACCAUUAAGCUGAUCAACAGAAAAUCUAUCUGCAAUUAUUUUGGUUUCUAAUCAUUCAAAUAAAUUGCAAAACAAACACGCCAGGAAGUCCCUUCUUGAAGAUUUUAAUGGUCAUGCACGAGUUACCGACUGGUAAAACGUCUGCGUGAUGGUUGGACUGCUCCUUACAAUAAUCAAGUAAUUUCAACAUGCCUCCUUGGCCAGUGGAAAAUGGUGAUGGAUGACUGCUAUUAAUAUUUUACAACAUAAAUCAUGAAAUAUUAGACUUUGCAACUAUGACUACACGUAUUUAUGUGACAUUUAGCCACUUUGUCUGUAUUUCAACCUUUUGAAUCAAGCCAUCUUGUAAGUACUGCUUUGGUUCUUAUGGAUGACAAAAAUAGUCCUUUUUGACUGUAGUCUCCAUUGCAACAUAGCAUUAUUUUGGUUUUAUAUUGCCAUAUCAGCUGCUAGAAUAAUGUAUUAAUGUAUCUUACGGAUGUUUAUGCUGGUUAAAAACUGU